AUGAAAGGUGCCUCGCCUCGGAUUUAUCAAAUCACAGAAUCUCGAGAUGGAUACUUGUAUUCAGCAUACUUUCAAGUCCCAGUUGAUGACUCCGAUUCAAGUAGAGAGGAUUCGUUAGAUGAUGAAAGACGAUGGGUGAUAUAUCCACUCGCACCGUACUACGAAACGCAAGAAAUUCAUGGAAAGAAGAAGGAGCAGAAGAGGAGUAAGAACCAUAAAGAUCCUUUAACAAAAAACAGAUAUUCGGAAAAAUCCCUCGUUCCUCAUACUCUCUGCCUAUUCGUGAAUGAUGAAAAGGACAAAUACUCUCUGCCUCUAACUUCAUGUCCUACCCAUCUGUCUUCCUGUGAAGAAGAGGAUGACAUCAGACAGUACGGUUUAGUAACUCAACAACCUAAGCCACCAACUCUAUCGAUUCCACUCAAACCUGAUAGGGAGCCACUGCCUUCUCCCUUUCCCAUUCAACGCAAAAUGCUUCCAACUCGUACCACAGGGUCAUUUUCUGGUUCUAAGCCUAGGAACUAUGUUCGAGGCAUAUCAUUGGAAAGGAAACAUUCCACUAUUAAGACCAAGAAUCGAUCUCGCUCACUGCGUUCAAACAACAAUAUGUAUGUAAGUCAAAGUGACAUGGGUCAUAGUGCACACAACAACGCAGCCUACGUUACGAGAUUGCAAGAUAUUGACGUUGAGGUUAAUAGAUCAGCAAGCAACAGUAGAAGGAGUAUCAAACGCAGUAAUAGCAGACAUCUUGUUUCUGAAUUGCGAUCUUGA